UUAUCGUGAAGGAAGGAAACUGCAGCGACAGGUCCAACGUUAUUUUCGGUUGUGUUGCUAUUUGAAAGACUAGAAAUUGCGACAACAAACCUCUGAGACGGACUGGGAGGGAGUUGCUUGGUCGAGUUGUUUGCUGGGGAAGGAACGGUCGAUCAGUCUCCGCGCCGUUGACGUUGUGCGGGAAGGCACAUACCCACAAUCCCCGCCUGUCGACCCUCAACGCUGUACCAUCGCCAAAAGAGCGCUGCUGCUCGUCCUAAUCUCCUAUGGAGGCACCAGAUGCCACCAGGCAAAGUGUCGGCCUUCCCUCAAUAAACCACAUGGAUACCAACAGGUUUAAGCGGGACGAGAGUGAAUACCAGCGAAAGCUCUCGGCACAGUCCCUUAUCAGCCCGUUGCACCCUCGUUCAGGGCCGUCGCAUUUGCACGGCUCCCACCAAUCCCCGCCCGCCAGCGCAGUACCCGGCUCGCUUGCUGGUCUGCUAUCGCCCCCGGAAUCACGCAGGACCUCUGGCGACGAGAAGGAUAUUUACAAGCCGGCGGCAUGGCAGUCGUUGCCAUCGAUAUCUGAGGCCCUGGCAGCAGAGCAAUCGCUGCCCUACCCUGGACCUGUCCCACCUCCACCCUCUGCCCCGGCACCAACACCUCAACACUAUGCACGGGUCUCCGUGAAUACGUCACCCUCAGAAUCACGCAAAAGACCAUUCGAGCCGGAUUCGUACAGCGCCCAAGGACCUGCUAACCCAUUCUCGCAUCCUCGGAGUCCUUUCAUCGGUGCGCCUGCCUCUCAAGUGCCACCCCCACCUCCACCCCAGGAAGCACGACCACCAUAUGAGCCACGUACCUACUCGACAUUGCAGCACAACUCAAGGCUGCCAUCACUGCACCCCAUCAAGACGACGCAGUCGCCGCCGCCCCCUAUUGUUCGACCAAACCCGCCAUACUCUUCAUAUCCGCCAGCGCCGACGCCGGCUUAUGAGCCUCCUGCUCCUCCGCCAGCCGAAUCUUUGAAUCAUCAAUAUGGCUACUCGCAGCCGCAGUACGCAUCUUAUCCGCCGUCGGCCCCUAAUUCAGCUGGACCAUCCGCAGUAUAUCCCGCUUCAACCUCGGCCUAUCCCCCACCCUCUCGUUACUACCCUACGUCACUGCGUGACAACACCGAGUCUCGUCUUGAAGAGAAGAAGCUCAACCGCACCAGCCUAGCUCCUUACGGAGAGUCUGUCAAACGUCAUCUGGAUAGCUUCGAUCUCGAGGCGUCUCUAAACGAGAUGGCCGACGGCUGUGGACGCAUCUCAGAGUUCUCUAAGAUGUACCGUCAAAGAGCACAUGAAACCCAACGUAUCGGCAUGACUCCUCAGUCAUUACCAAGAUUGGAAGACAUUGAGGACAUGAUUAAGCAAGGCGACAGAGUACAAAUGUCUCUCCAGCGAAUGAGAGACGUUGUCUUCAAUCACCAGCAAGCGAGCUUAGCCGAGCCACCUCAACAAUCGCACUACAGACGCGCCAAUGGAUACGAUCACGAGACGUCAAGCAACUACGGUGAUGACAUGAAAGGUGGUGGUGGUUUCACCGGCGCUGAUAACAAGACGCGGAAGCGAGGUCGGGCCGCUCCUCCUGGCCGGUGCCACAGUUGCAAUCGUGCCGAGACACCAGAGUGGCGCAGAGGCCCUGACGGUGCUAGAACCUUGUGCAAUGCUUGCGGUCUUCACUACGCAAAAUUGACCAGAAAGAUUGGCAAGGAUGCCAUGACAAGCUCUAACUUGCGGCCAAAAUCAAUCGACCAUGGUUCCCCAGCCGUGUGAGAAAGGAUGCCCGCAACAACGAUCGAUCCAGCUCGAGCUUUCUGCGCACCCUGGAUAGCUUACGUCCCGCCCUAUCGAAAUAUCGAUCCUACUUGGACCGAUUGAUUUCACGCGAUAUAUUGCCCGAACAGACUGACGUUACAAACGCCCGGCUUCUCCUUACAUCUCUCGCUAGCAUUGCAAGCAUCUCUUAAUUUGUCAUUGAAGCGUU